AUGGCGCCCCGGCUGCUCCCCCUGCUGCUGCUGCUGCUCCUGGCCGGACCCCCCGCCGUGCAGCCUGCGCCCCCGACCUGCUACUCCAGGAUGCUGAGCCUCAGCCGGGAGAUCACCGGAGACUUCCAGAGCCUGCAGGCCACGGAGCCCUUGGAGCCGUGCGUGAGAUACCUGCCCAGGCUGUACCUGGACAUACACAAUUACUGCGUGCUGGCCAAGCUGCGGGACUUUGUGGCAUCGCCCCAGUGUUGGAGAGUGGCCCCGGUGGACACCUUGAGGGACAAAGUGCGGAAACUGUACACCAUCAUGAACUCUUUCUGCAGGAGGGACCUGGUGUUCCUGUCGGAUGACUGCAGUGCCCUGGAGUACCCAGUCCCCGCGAUCACGGUGCCGCCAGGUCGUCAAGGCUGA